ACUUUUGCUGAUAAGUGUCCCUCAUUCCCAUCUCAGAAAGUUGGGAGGUAUGAGUAUGUAUAAAACUGCCCAUACAUUAAUAAGUUUUUUGUUCAACCAGCAGGUUGAAUGAAAAAAAAAAAGGAUCCAAUUCCCCCAUCAACAUUAAUUGGUAAACUGCAAUUUGUUACUGUUUUGUUUUUGAAUUCAGAUACUUUUAAUAAAACAUAAAUGCAAAAGCAGUAAAGUAAAGCUACAUUUAAAAAAAUGGUAGUUAUAUAAUGUUUGGCUGAGUGCGUCUUCCAGAAACAACCACAGAGGAGACUGGAAUGACACAACAAAACCAUAAAGUACAGAUGAAUAGAGAGAAGAUCUACGUGGUUUAAAGAAUUCUCUGGCAAUCUCCAGCUGUCACCUUGCUCCCGCCCACUAGUGAUGUAAUCCUCCAGGUUUAGGUUGGCCCCUCCCCCUCCUCCUCCUAUCUCAGAAUUCUCCAGCAAUCUCCAGCACAGAGUACAGAGUUCCAGCCGUCACUCAGACGUUCCUGGCCCCGCCUCGUAUUAUUCAUGAUGUGUCCCCCAGGCCCCUCCCCCUGGCUCCAUAUAUGGAGAGCACAUGGAGGGCUCCAGAAGUGUCUCAGGCAGUAUAAAAGGAGUCGGUCUGGGAGAGGUUGCAGUACAACGAGCAGCAGAGAGCAGACGCUGACACACAGGCAGACGCUGACACAGGCAGACGGCCUCCAGCUGAACUGUGACAAGAAGCUCCAGGAAAAGCAGCAGCAGAGCGACAUGUUCCCUCUCAGCCUCCUCCAGUCCUCACACAGUCCUGUGUAUGUCUACCGCCAGCCCGAGCUCCCCCAUUGGACCGCCACACACCUCAUCCUCCGCCAGCUGGAAGACGACAUGCUGAGCGUGAGCAGCGACAUGGAGAGGAGAAUGCAGCGCCUCCACCAGGCUUACCAUCUCCUGUCCAAUGACCCGGACAUGGGGAGAGGGGCUCAGAGCGGACACCCCACCGCCCCCCAAGACAAAUCCCCCACCGAGGGAAAAGACGGGAAGGAGAACUUUGAGCUCUCCCUGGACGUGAGUCCGUUUUCUCCAGAAGAAAUGACAGUGAGGACGGAGGGAAGGAGACUGAUCGUGGCGGGAAAAUCUGACAAGAAAAGGGAGACUGAGAACGGCGGCUUCUUCCAGGAAUACAGAGAAUGGCGCAGAGAAGCCGAGCUCCCGGAAGAUGUGAAUCCCAAAGACGUGCUGUGCUCCAUGUCCAAGGACGGGCAACUCCACUUCUGGGCACCUCGCCUGGCACUGCCCGCUGCCCAAGAGAGAUCCAUCACCAUCACCGUGGAGCAGAGCCCAGGAGAAGGUCAGGAGUCCAACCCGGAGAACCAGAACCAACCGGGACAGCAGGAGCAAGACCUCCCCCAGAAAUCCUCCUGAUGACAUCAUGGGACUGAGAUUUGGCUUCAUCAUCACAGAUCACAUUCUUCUAUCCCAUUCUAUUCUAUUCUUUUUUUUUUUGUUUACAAACUUUUUUUAUUGAGGUUAAAUUGUGGUACAAUAAGAGGUUUCAAUUACAGUAAAAUUAACAUAUAAAGGUUAUCGAGUUAUAUAAUGAAAAAUAGGCAAGUAGAAAAUAUAUUGAUACAAUCUAUCAAGGGUUUUGUACAAAUAAAUGUCCGUACAAUAGUGUAAAGAAUAAUAUAUAUACCGUGUUUCCCUGAAAAUAAGCCCGGGUCUUAUAUUAAUUAUGCCAACAAAAGACACAG